UGGACACGAGAGCUCCGGCCGCUCAGUCUGAACUCGGGGCUUCGCUCGGUCCGCGCCACGGUCUCACUCUCGCCGUUACCGUCGCUGUUGCCAAUAACACGGGAAGCGGAGAGCGGGAACGCCGCGAGGGAGAGAGAGAGAGGGACUAGAGCUCCUCUCGAGCGGCCGCUCGCUCUCUCUCUUCUGGUUUUUUCUUCCCUUCUUUUCCUCUCACGGCAGUUGGUAAGAAAAGCACGAGGAGGAGGGAGGAUCGAGCCACUUGGACUGUAUUUCGUGGACUGUAUACCGUGGACUAUAGUGCUGGUCGUUGGGCCACACGCGCGUCAGGGGUGGUGGUACGAGUCAGCGCACGCACCGGCGGUGUGUCGAGUCUCCCCAACCGAUCCCCACCCUCGACCUACAUACGUGUAUAGAUACACAUCUUGACUGGCUGAGAUCGCCCCUUGAUCGGAGUACAUCCCCCCCUCUUUUUCUGGAUUAAGGUAAACCUUUCUACAUCUUGUAUAGUUUCUACGAGCAAAAUUAAGUAAGGAUCAAUUACUGUAAUUAAAGGUCAUCUUUUCGGAAAAUACAACGUAAGUUAUUGAAAACGGAUAUCUCUAGCCAGCACAGCAGUAAACAAAAAGGAUCUACAAGGCUCUUCCCGCAGUAGGACCAACAGGCAGGCGACAUGGCGGCAUUCGUGGCGAAGCAGAUGGUGGGAAACAAACUAAACGCCGUCAAAGGGGCGGUAGGCGGUGAAGGAGGCGGAGAUGAGGACGACAAGGAGAAGGAGGAGGAGGCCGAGAGGGAGCGGCAAGAAGCCAUCCGGGAGGCCGAGGAGCGAAGGAAAGAGAAGCACCGCAAGAUGGAGGAGGAGCGGGAGAAGAUGCGCCAGGAGAUCAGGGACAAGUAUAACAUAAAAAAGAAGGAGGAGGUGCAGGAAAUGCCCCAGGAAGAACCAGCUAAUCCGCUGAUGCGCAAGAAGAAGACGCCUGAGGAACUGGCGGCUGAAGCAGAAGCGGAAGACGAGGACGAGUUCACAAAGCUAAAGAACAUGAUGACGACGCAGGUGGACGAGAUAAAGACGCAAAUCGAAGCCAGGUGUAACCUGCAAUGAGUCGACCCCGGGAAGGAGAAAAAGGGGGCAGCGCUCGGCUGGCCGAGGAGUAGCCAUCUUAACCUCCAUCAAUUCCGAGCUCAAGACGAAAAUGACGACGACGAAGACAGGGCAUCCGUUCCACCGGCUGAGCAAUCACACCUCCACCAUCGCGAGAACAGUAGCAGCAGUCGUGGCUUAACUCGAGCGUAUUUGCCAAUUCUUUCUCUCUUCUUCGCUUUUUCCCCUUUGGGCGAGAGCUUGACUUUCCGAGAGGAGACCUUAACGAGGGAUGAUUAAUCGAGUAAACACGGAAGGAAAGGAAAAUGUCAAUGAUUUUCGCUGUUUGCCCCGAACCCAAGAGGGAAGGAAAGAGAGAGGAAGGAACGGCAGGAGAGAUCCGACGACGACGACAACCAGCUGGUAUACGACCAGAAAACAUGUACACAGAGGCAAAAAUCGAGAAGAACACACCCAACACGAAAAACAAAAGUUCACACGGAACAGACGCUCAAAAUUAAGAGAACGGCAGACAGUCAGCAACCCUGCAAACAUCCCAAUAACAAAGUGCUCCACUUCGAGCGAUUUUUUCGCUAAGGAGUGCAAAAGGUAGUGAAGUAGAAUGAGAAAGAGAAGAAGCAAAAGUAUCUAGUCCCUAAGUUUUUAGUAAAAAAAAAAAAAUAAUAAAG